AUGUCUGAGCGACCAGACGAAAAGAUGACAGCCUCCAAGCCCGACAAGCCCCUAGGGGCCAGCGAGAUUGAAAAUGCCGCCAGCAGAGACGAUUACGCCAUCAAGGACUUGGCCAUGGCCAAGCAGGCGGCCGACGAGGAGCACAAUCUUGGCUUCAGGGAGGCCAUGCGCCGCUACCCGCAGGCCGCCAUGUGGUCGGUCCUGGUGUCGGCGUCCAUCAUCAUGGAGGGCUACGACAUUGUGCUCAUCUCGUCCUUUUUCGCCCAGGAGUCUUUCCGCAAGCAAUAUGGCGAGUACCUGCCCAGGACCAACACGUUCGAGAUCACCGCGUCGUGGCAAAACGGGCUGAGCAACGCCGUGAGCGUCGGCACCAUCAUCGGCGCCUUUGCCAACGGCUACUUUACCCACCUGUUUGGGUACCGCAAGGUCCUUUUGGCUUCCCUGGCGUCCAUCUGCGCCUUUAUCUUUAUCUCAUUCUUCUCGCCCAAUCUGCCCGUCCUGCUCGUCGGCCAGUUCCUCUGCGGCAUCCCGUGGGGCGUGUUUGCAACCACCGCCCCUGCCUACGCGUCCGAGGUGUGCCCCAUGGCGCUGCGCGGGUACCUCACCGUGUUUGUCAAUCUGUGCUGGGCCCUCGGCCAGCUCAUCUCGGCGGGGGUGCAGGCCGGAUUCUCAGAAAACAACACGCAGUGGUCCUACCGGGUCCCGUUCGCCAUCCAGUGGGCUUGGCCGGUGCCUCUGUUCGUCGUGAUCUGGUUCGCGCCCGAGUCGCCGUGGCAUUACGUGCGGCUCGGCGACUACAAGCAGGCCGAAAGCUCAGUUGUGCGCUUGGGCUCGGCAGCGAGCGGCCCUCGCGCCAGGGAGCGAGUCGCCAUGAUGAUCCACACCAACGAGAUCGAGACGGAGAUGGACGAGGGCACAUCCUACCUCGACUGCUUCCGCGGCGUCGACCUGCGCAGGACCGAGAUCGCCUGCCUGGCCUUUGCCGCGCAGCCCUUUUGCGGCUCGGCCAUGGGCGGCACGCCGACGUACUUUUUCGUCCAGGCCGGGCUGCCCAACUCCAUCUCUUUCCAGAUGGCCGUCGGGGGCCUGGGCAUCGCGUCCGUCGGCACCAUCCUCUCCUGGUUCCUGCUCCACCGCUUCGGCCGCCGCACCCUCUACCUGUGGGGCCUCGGCGUCCUGACCGUCAUCCUCCUGGCGGUGGGGUCCGUCAGCGCAGGGGCUCCAGAGUCGGAGUCGGCAAAUUACGCACAGGCCGGGUUGAUGCUUGGCUGGCUUGGGGUCUACUACCUCACCGUCGGGCCGAUCUGCUACGCCAUCAUUUCCGAGGUUUCGUCGACCCGGCUGCGCAACAAGAGCGUGUGCCUGAGCCGCAUCGCCUACUACGUGGCGCAGAUCAUAUGCAACGUCAUCAACCCGUACAUGCUCAAUCCUACGGCUGGGGACUGGAGGGGCAAGACGGGUUUCUUUUGGGGAGGCUGCGCCUUUGCCUUUUUCCUGUGGACGUACUUUCGGCUGCCAGAGACAAAGGGCAAGACGUUUGAGGAGCUGGAUAUACUUUUUGCGAGGGGAGUCCCGGCGGCCAAGUUUGCUUCGUACAGAGUGGAUGCCUAUGCUGAUGGGCAUCAAGUUUUGAAGGAGGGUUGA